CUCUCUUGCUCUCUUUUGUUGUGCUCCUCUCCUCUUCCUCCUCCUCCUCCUCCUCUGCUGUACAUCUCCUCCCUCUUAUCCCUCCGCCGUUCCAAAUCGUUCUUCGUCCGGCCCCUCCUUUUUUUCUUUUUUCUCUUUUCCUGAGAGAAAGAAGAAAAAAAAAAGUUCCUACGCGGGCUUGGGCCUGCCGGAGCGAGCUUCGGGCCGCUGCCAACCGCCGCCUGGGGGUGUCCCGGCGCCGGCUGGAUCUGACGAGCUGCGGUUUGCUUCCUUCCUUCAAGGUUUCUUGCAAAUUUGGGUCAUCUUGAAAGCUCGUGAAGAAGGGGUUGUUGGUCAAGUAAAAGAUAUUGGAGCUGGCUUAAAGCGUUGUCCAUUAAAACAAUCAUGGGUGCUCUCUGCGAUUACUGUGGGGAGCAUAGGUCCAUGGUUUACUGCCGAUCCGAUGCAGCCUCUUUGUGCUUGUCAUGCGACCGCAAUGUGCAUUCAGCUAAUGCUCUUUCUCGGCGCCAUACAAGAACCCUUCUAUGUGACCGGUGUGCUUCACAGCCUGCCAUGGUCCGCUGCCUAGAAGAGAACACCUCACUUUGCCAAAAUUGUGACUGGAAUGGGCAUAGUGCUGGAUCCUCCGCUGCUGGACACAAAAGACAGAAUAUAAACUGCUAUUCGGGGUGCCCAUCAUCUGCAGAGCUUUCAAGAAUGUGGUCAUUCAUUUUGGAUAUUCCUAAUGUAGCUCCUGAGCUGAAUUGUGAGCAAGUAAUAAGCAUGAUGAGCAUCAGUGACAGUGCUGUCAGUAAUGGAGACAAUGCUCAAGGGGACAACAGUUUGGUAGAUAUGGCUUGUGCAACACUUGAUGAAGAAGACAAGCAAAAGUCUGUGAUCGGCUCAUCUUCCGAAGCUGGUCUGAACCUUCUUCCACCUACUAAUGAUCAGACAGCUGUAUCUGUGGAUUCGACGACACCUAAGUAUACGCCAGACAAGCAUAUGUUCAGCAAGGAUAGCAUAUAUGAAGAUUUCUCUAUGGAUGAUAUUGAUCUGAGUUACGAAAACUAUGAAGAACUAUUUGGUAACUCUCAUAUUCAGACUGAGGAACUCUUUGAUGAUGCUGGCAUUGACAGUUACUUUGAAAUUAAGGAAGUGACUGCUGUGAAUUCUGAUGAGCAGCCCAAGCCAAAGCAGCCGGCUGCUAGCAAUGCAUUAUCUGCUGACUCAGGGAUGUCAAAUCCAGCAGUAAAAGAAGAUGAUUCCAGUCUUUGUAUCCCUGCGAGGCAAGCUAUUUCCUAUUCUGGCUUCACUGGUGAGAGCAUUCCUGAAGAAUACCAGGAUUGUGGUGUAUCACCAAUGCUCCUUAUGGGCGAGCCUCCUUGGCUUCCUCCUGGCCCUGAUGGGUCAUUUGCCGGAAUUAGAGACAAUGCUAUCACACGGUACAAGGAGAAGAAGAAAAGAAGAAAGUUUGACCACAAGAUCAGAUAUGAAUCUCGCAAGGCUAGGGCGGAUGUGAGGAAGAGAGUUAAGGGCCGGUUUGUUAAGGCCGGCGAAGCGUAUGACUAUGAUCCGCUCGACACAAGGAGCUACUGAAUGCAGAAAACCACUGUGCUUAGAUUAGCAAUCCUAAACCAGUGCCUAUUGCAGCUGGGGUAAAUCGAUAAAUCAGAUGCUGAAGCAAUCAUGGCAUACCCACCUCUGGAAAGGAAAGAAUGGAAAGCAACCAGCGAGACCAAAAGAUUUGAAAGUUGUGCAAGUUUUCGACGCUGUUCCUCCUGUUUCUUCUGUACAGCGGAUGGAAUACGCGUCUUCUGUUGCUUUUGGGGGAGCGACGCGUCUUCUGUUGCUUUUGGGGGAGCGACACGAGUCGCUCUCCAGUUUUGGUGAAUGAAGACAAGACAACUAGAUGGACUUCCAGCGUUUCUCUCUUUCUUGCUUGUACUGACUAUGUGGCAUCCACCUACCCUUGCUGUGGUGUUUUCGGCGGUAUGCUUCCAGAUUGUGCUCUCUUAGACAAAAGAUGGCUGUAGUUGUGAAGUACCCUGCUGUGUUAUAUUUUUAUGUGAAUUCUACUGCAAUCCGGAGUUUUGUUUGCAAUAUGCAUGUGUAAAUACCAGAUCGGAAAUAAGCCGGUGGUUGUAAAGUUUGUUCUUUCAAGCUGGUGGUGGUGAUGGUGCCCAUGUAAACUCGCCACCAAUUUUCUGUGCUCACCCUGCCCAAAUAAGCAGACAUUCAGACCUACUCAAUGCUACUGUUUGUACUUGAGCAUAUAUAUGCUCUGAUAUGUCAUUUUUUGGUGAUC